AUGCCCAAGGUGAUGGUGUUUAAAGCUCUCAAACUAGCGAAGGAAACACUGGCUCUCUUUGCCUUCCAGGGCAGCGUCAGCUCGUCCGUGCAGCCUCCGUUCGUCCAAACGCCAGGUUCGCCGGGUUACUACGGGGUCCGAAGAUCCUUCCUGUCUGACUCAGACUUCCACAACGCUAAACCGUUCCCUGGCGACGCCUGCAGCACCAGCACGGCCAAGCACUUCAGCUGCGAGUCUCUGUCGGGGCCCAGCCACCCGGGCCUCCUGGAUCCCUACUUCCCAGACCCCUACGCGGACCACCGCCCCGCCGCGCUGACCCCCAGCGCGGGCUCGCUGCUCAGCGCCUCGCCCCUCCUGCCGCCGCCCUUCCCCAGCGACCCCACACACUUUGUGCUGCGGGACUCAUGGGAGCAGACGGUGCCUGAUGGCCUCAGCCAACCAGACCCUGUGCCCACGGACCCCCUGCAGACCUUGUCCCCCAGCACGAGCUGCCUUGCCCAACUGGAGUCUGGGAGCACCACCCAGCUCCGGAGCUCGGGCUGGGGGGGCACCCUAGCUGGGGCCCAGUCCUACUCAUUGCAUGCAUUGGAAGAUCUGUACCACACGCCGGGGUACCCCACCCCGCCCCCCUACGCCUUCACCCCUUUCAUGACGAUGCCUAACGACCUAACACCCAAGGCGGCUCCCCUGGCCCCUGACCAGGGGACGGACACCCCUGUUCUUCAGGACCCUUCUUCAUGGACCAAAGAAGACGGAAGCCUGGCCUGGGAGGCCUACGAAUGCCGUAGAGCUUACUGA